AUGGAGUCCCGCAACCCGACGGCGGAACCGUCCAACAAGCGGCCUCGAUCUCCCACGAUUGACCACCCGCCCCAGUCCAAAGUCCCCAAGACACACUCGAACCACCUUCAGAUUAACUAUCUUGCGCGCCAAUACCCCGACAACUUGCCGCUGGUGUCUGCGGACGAUACCAUGCCUGCGAUUAUCCACCUGAUCGGCGAGUAUGACGGAGUGCUUCAGCGCCACGAAAGUAUCGCCGGGAAUCUGGGCGCAUGCCCGCUGGGCCCGAUCUUGAUCAAACGCUUUGAGCGCCUGUUUGACGGGCCGCCGAAAGUCCUCAAAACGCAUGGCAAGGAUGGACCGACGGUUACUUGGCUCGAUGUGGUCGAGUUCGCCAAAAGCAAGCCGGAGCAGUUUAAUCUGGAAAAGACCCGCAAUGGGGUGCGCGUCUGUCAAUUCUAUACCAAGCAGUGUCGGGUGGAGAUUAGCGAGGAGGAUUUUGUGCUCAUUGCGUCGGGCAUGCCGCAGAAGAUGAUUCCUCCGCAGCCUAUCAUUGAAGAUGAGGAGAAAGAGCUUGGCGGGUUGGAGAUUCUGGAAAAGAACCUCCAACAAAUCAUCCAGAUGGCAGAUCAAGGUAAGUUCGAGGAUCUUCUUUGUCCAGAAUGCGGUCGGGAGACCAUGCCAACGGCCAUUCUACAAUCACGAACUCCCCCCGGCUUCCUGGCUGUGAAUGCAGCGCGAGCGGAGGCAGAGGCAGAAGCCCACGCUUCCCAGUUUAUGUUCCCGCAGUCCAACACCGAUAAUGUGACGAUAAUCAAUGGAACUUCGGUCAAAGGUGCAUCCCCGACCACCCGCUCCGAACUGAUGAAGAAGUUCUUCACCACAGCAGAUCGCCAGACCCGCGGCUUAGAGGAUCCCGCUGCAUCUGGCAACCCUCCACCAGCACCACAGCCACGAGGGUCCGACCCCGCCGGAUACAGUCUCUACAACACCUCAUCCACCCCGGUAGCCAUACCAGGCACACCAUCCUCUCCUCCCCCCACCCAAAACCGCCCCCCAAGAAAAGGACGAGGGCGGCCCCUUCAAACAGAGAUGAUAGCGCACAUGGAAGAGCUCCAACGCGGCGAACGCGUUGUACCACCUUGUGACCGUUGCCGACGCCUCCACAUGGACUGCGUCAAGAACCUCACAGCAUGCGUCGGCUGCACCAAGAAACACUGCAACCCGAUCGCCCCGUGUCACUGCCCAUCCAAACUCAUCCAACCGGCCCAUAUUCACCGCACGGCCCGCACUCGGCAGACCCCCCCUCCAGCUCCCGCUUCAGCCCCAGAGCAAUAUCCUCGAUAUAGUCCGCAACAUAACCGCCGCGAGUCGGCUCCCGGAGCUCCCCAUGUGACACCGGGGCCCGGCGCCACUCUCCCUCUCUCCUCGGGGAACUCUCCGCGCAGAGCAAAGAGCGAGACCGAGAACGGCGGCCGGUCUAGACCUGCGCCGAACGAGGAGGAGGAUCCGGAUGCCAAUCAGCGGUUGAUGCGGGCUAUCAUGGACACGGUAGAUCAUCAUACGCGCGUGGCGGCUGCCGUGCAGGAGCGGGAAAGGGUGGUCGAGCGCGCUGGAGACGUCUCUUAUGAGCGUGAGACGGCCGAUCGGGAGCGAGAUCGAGAUCGAGAUCGAGAUCAUGCGAGGGAGCGGGAGCUUGAGCGCGAACGGAUGUAUGAGCGCGAGCGUUUAACCCGGCUUCGGUAG